GGGAAUGUGUCCGUAGCUCGUUAGGCUGACGUACAGUGUACUUAGUGGGUAAUCGGGCGUAUGACCCCGAUUCGCUUGGGGUCAACUGCGAAGUGCUGUGGCUUGACCGGUGCAGUGUCUGUUUCAGCUCCUGAUGGCUGACCCCACGGGUGGGUUCCAGCAGCCCUGCCCCUGGCAGAACGCCAACAUUCCUGCGGUGCUGACCGUACGCGGGAACAUCGGAGAUGCCGACCUGCCUCACCGCCUCAAUGCCAUCUCCACAUGGCUGCAGCAAAUGGCCCAGAAAGGUGAACAGGAAGUGAAGGUAUCCAGGGUACAGCCAUGGAACAGCGUCCGUGUGACCUUCAACAUCCCGCGCAGCGCUGCACAGCGUCUGCAGCAGCUGGCCGAGACUCGCAACCAGCAGCUCCGCGACCUGGGCAUCCUCGCUGUACAGGUCGAAGGUCAGUGCCUCAUCAUGGUAUUCAUGUAACGAUUGGACAGUUCU